AUGGAUGUAGUUGCCCUUCAGGAAAUAAGGUGGCCGGAGGAAAGUACUCAGACCAUGGGAAAGUACACCAUUUUUAAUGGCGGAACAAGAGAUAACAAACACGAAUUUGGAACAGGCUUUGCAGUGAGCGGAGAGAUUCUGGGACAGGUAAUGAACUUUCGUGCCGUAAAUAACAGGAUAUCUACCCUUAGAAUUAGAGAUAGAUGGUACAACUAUACACUUAUCUCGACGCAUGCACCAACCGAAGAUAAGGAUGAAGAAGUCAAAGACGAGUACUACGAACAACUGGAGCAAACCAUAAGUGCGGUACCUAAACAGGACAUGUUAAUCAUUCUGGGAGACCUUAAUGCCAAGGUUGGAAGAGAAGAAGCGUUUAGACCACAUAUUGGAAGACAUAGUCUCCAUGAGCUAUCAAACGACAACGGCCAACGACUGAUCAACUUAGCAGCGGCUAAUAACCUGAGGAUUGCCUCGACAAUGUUCCCACACAAGAACAUCCACAAAGAGACAUGGAUAUCCAAUGAUCGGAAAACGCGAAACCAAAUAGAUCAUGUAAUAGCAAACGCGAGACACGUUAGGAGCAUCAUAGAUGUGAAGAGCCAAAGAGGGGCGGAUGCAGGAACAGAUCACUUUCUGGUGCGGGUAAAGGUUCGAUCAAGGAUUAAAAAAACCAUAACAAGUCAAGAAACAUCAGCACUAAAAAGGUGGAACACAGAUAAACUAAACCAGGAUGAAACAUGCAGACACGAAUACCAAAAAGAGCUGGAAACACAACUACAGAAAAAUGUCACCCAAGAGGCGUCGGAUGUAGAGGAGCACUGGAAACAGAUCAGAACAUCAGUAAUCAACGCUGCACAAAGAGCCUUAGGCGAGAACACAAAGAAUAGAAGAAGAAAAGACUGGUAUGAUAAAGAAAGCCAGAAGGCCUUAGAUACCAAAAACAAGGCCAGAAUUCAAAUGUUGCAGUGCCCAAGUGACGAAAACGUCCAAAGAUUCAACGACCUCAGAGCGGAGGCAAAAAGAAAGAUAAGAAGGAAAAAAAGAGAAGCUUACAACAAAACAAUAGAGAAUGUAGAAAAGGAAGCUGGGCUAACAAACAGCCGGAACUUUUUCAAUCAAGUGAAAAGUAUAAGGAAAGGUGACACACCAAAGACCAACAUUUUAACGAGCUCAUAA